AUGAGUGUUUCUUUAAAGAAGAGAAACUUGAGGGUUCUAAGUGUUACAGCUUUGCUACUACUGCUAGUGUUCUUCGUGGUUCAAAAUGCAAACUCAAUCUCUUUUGGAGAAGAAGAAUUGAAGGCAGCUACUUUUGUCAAUCCAGUAGCUAGUGGAUUGACUUCUGCUGGUACGGCCGUUCACAAUAAUGAUGAAAUCGUAGUAGAUAAAGAAUCUGGCAAGAAAGGCAAAGAUCAGGAAAGUGCUCUAGUAGAUGCAGAAAUCGACAAGAUCAAACAAGAAGUGAAUAGUGGUAGUGGAGCAUCCAAGGAUAACAGUAUCAGUCAAAAAGCCGGUAGCGGGAGUAAGGACGGUACAGUCUCGGAAGGCGAGUUUGAUCCAGCAAAAGAAUAUUCGAUGAUUCUUGGUAUUUCGCCUGUUAUAGUCUUCAGCAAGAGUUUUUGUCCGUACAGCAGCAGGUUGAAGGAACUUUUGACUAAGGAAUAUACGAUAACUCCUAGCUAUGUGGUCAUUGAAUUGGAUAAGCACAAGCAUGGAGUCGCUCUACAGAAGUUCAUCGAAAAGAAAACCGGCAGGGCAACGGUUCCAAACUUGAUGAUAAAUGGGAAAUCAAGAGGUGGAUUCGAUGAUAUAAAGGCUCUGCAUAGUAAGGGAGAAUUACUGGAGAGUCUUAACAAAUGGGGUGAUGGGGAUUUCACGGUGAAACAGCUGGAGAAACCUUCCAACAACUGA